AGCCAUUACAUGAAUUGAAACAUGUUUCAAGGAUAGCUCAUGAAGAACAAUGAAUUCUCCAAUGCUCAAAAUUCUAAUAGCUCUGCUGCUUUUGACUCUAUCUUUUCAAGCAUAUGCCAAAGUGUUAUCGGAAUGCUGAGUUAUUGGAAAAAGUUUCAGGACAGUUUGAGGAAUGGUGCAUAGCAGAUGAGCAGACACCAGAUGAGGAGUUACAAAGGGCCAUAGAUUGGGCUUGUGAAAAUGGUGGAGCAGAUUGCAGCAUGAUAAAAGUGAACCAACCAUGUUACCUUCCAAAUAGCUUGAAGAACCAUGCCUCCUAUGUCUUCAACAGUUACUAUCAGAGGUUCAAGCACAAAGGAGGCUCUUGCUAUUUCAAUUCUGCUGCAAUCACCACUGAUCUUGACCCAAGUCAUGGCUCAUGCAAGUAUGAAUUGCUUCCUUGAAUAAUGUAUGAAGUGAUUUAUUUUGUAAGAUCAUAUUUUGCAGUUAAACUUUGUUGGCAGUAAUGGAGUCUGUAUGCUUCUGUUACAUUCUUAUUUUUUCCAUGGCUUGAUGUGAAGCUGAAACAGUGACAUGGCUAAAUCAAGUACAAUUCUUAGUUUUGUUUUUUUCCCUGGA